AUGUCUUCAUCGCUUCUGUUUGGCUACCCUCAGCUGGCUGUCAUCCCCAACGCCGGCGUGCUCGGUCUCGUUGCCUACUGCUUUGCCACUGUCGCACCUCUUUGGUUCUUCGCCUGGCUCGGACCUCUGAUCAGACGUGUCUGCCCUGACGGCUUUACGCUAUCCGAGUAUAUUCGACGCCGCUUCGGAUGGCCAGUCGGUGUUCUGUCCGGUCUCAUCUUUGUUGGAUUCAUGUUCUGCUUCAUGCUGGUCGAACUCAACACGUAUGGCUCUGCCGUCAACCUGCUUGGUGGCGUCAACCCCACCAUUGCGGCCCUGAUUGUUGCGAUCAGCACCACCAUCUACACGGCCUAUGGUGGUUUCAAGGCUUCGCUCUGGACCGACAACGUCAAUGCCGUAAUCAUUUUGAUCUUCAUUGUGAUCGCUUCGAUCGCCGUUGGCGUCAAACUCGACAUUGACCAUGCUCGCGUUGAGUCGUCAGGUCUUCUCAAGCCGCAGAAGCUUGGUGGUGAGCUGUGGUACAUCCUGCCCGCCGCUAUCGUUUUUAGUCAGAUGUUCAACCAGGGCUUCUGGCAGCGUGCUUUCGCCUCUAAGAACAACAAGACGCUCUACCUCUCGGUCAUCUUUGCCACCAUCCCCCUGUUUGCCGUCUGCAUGCUCGUGGGCAUGGCUGGCCCGUUGGCAUGGUGGUCGGGUCUCUUCAACGGGCCUACCGACACAGAUGAUGGCUCCCUCACGUUCUUCUACAUCCUCGCUACGCUGCCCAACUGGCUUACGGGCAUCGUGAUUGUGCUGUGCGGCUGUCUCAGCUCGUCGGCAUACGACACGUUCCAGUCGGCUCAGAUCUCGACGAUCCAGAACGACGUGUUCUUGGGACGUGUCAACAUUUGGUGGUGCCGUGCUAUCCUGGUGCUCAUCAACAUUCCCUCGGUGGUGCUGGCCGUCAAGAACAUUGACAUUUUGGAGGUGUUCCUUAUUGCCGAUCUGGCUGCUAUCGCCUGCAUCCCCGCGUUCUUGCUCGGUCUGGUUCCCCAACUCUACUUCCUCAACGGCGUCGAUGCUGUCGGUGGCGCAGUCGGCGGAUUCUUCACGGUGUUCAUCUUCGGAACCAUCUUCUAUGACAGCGCUUCGAAGGGCAUCGCGCUCAUCGGGCUACCUGAAGGACUGUAUGUGACGGACUACAGCGUGCUCGGUGCCUUCUUCGCCGCACCCCUCGGUAGCUUGGGGUGGACGUUCGUGACGUGCGGUAUCCGCGCAGGUGUGACGUGGGUCUACUGCCGUUACACAGGCAAGAAGUUCACCGUGUUCGAAUACCGCGAAUUCGACGUUUCCAAGUUCGCGCUUCCAGAAGAUAGGCCUGCUGACUUCCACGGUAUCCACGGCAGUGGCAACCCAAACGAUGGGCACAAAUUGGACGAGGGUUUGGAAGAUGGCGCGCCGCAGCUGAAGAGGUACGCGUCGGAGGGUGCGUCUAGUGGCGAGCUGGUGCAGGCGCAGAAGUGA